GUUCGAAUCGAUGAUGUUGAUCUCAUUAAUUUGAUCGUUCCAUGUUUGGGCCAAUAUGAUCGUUCAAAAACCGGUUUCGCUUGCAACGUCGCGAAGCUAUUCACGACGGAUGCCACCCCUAGUGCCGGCAAGAGCUAUGCCACUCGUCCCGAGCCGGCCUUUCGGAGUCGUCUCAUAGGAUGUGCGGCCAAUAUGACUAUUCGAAAACUAGUUUUUGCCUUUGAUGUCAUAGAGCUAUCCACGACGGAUGCCAUCCCGAGUGCUUGGUGA